AUGGGCUUUUAAUGGGACAUUCGGAACAAUCAUGAACAUUGUGACAGCCACACAGGAUGGACCAAAAACUGUGAAUCUCAUUGGACUUGCGCUGGACAAUCAAAAUUCUGGGCAAAAAUUUCGCAGAAAAAUACAAGGAUCCUCAGACAACCUGGUAUAUAUUGAGAAAUGUGAAGAAUCCACAAGUAAAAAAGGAGUUCUUCGCAGGCAAUUUCCAAUGAAGUUGGCCUUUGCAUGUACAGCUCACAAAGUACAAGGCAUGACAAUGGAGUCAGCAGUAGUAUGCUUGAAGCGUGUUUUCGAACCUGGAAUGGCCUAUGUUGCACUCAGCCGCACAACCUCACUUAAAGGACUGUACAUCACAGACUUUGAUGAAAGGAAAAUCUAUGCUGAUCCUGCCAUCACAGAUGCACUCAAAAAUAUGAGACAUGCAUCAUUUGAGAAUGCAAGACCACUGUUGCAAUUCUUAAAAUCAGUAGUUCCCACAGUCCCCACGUUGACAAUUAUCCAUCACAAUGCACAAGGUCUCCCAACUCACAUGGAGGACAUGAGAUGCCACCAUGAACUCAGCCUUGCUGAUGUUUUAUGUAUCACAGAAACUCACUUGUCUGGAUCAUCUGUUUCUCCCCGCUUCCAGCUGGAACAAUACAACAUGGCCACACGCAACAGACACGUCUCUUACACAAACCAUACAGACAUGGCAAAGGUAAAUGGCGGUGGAGUUGCAAUGUACUACAAGACAAUUCUUACAGCAGAGUCUCGAAAAUACCUGCAAAAUGUGACUGACCUUGAAUUUGUUUUUGUCAAGGUUGAAUCGCCAGUCACAGCUUUGAUAGCAACUGUAUACAGGCCGCCAAAUUACAACCACGUGAGGUUUUUACCACAAAUGCAAUGUCUUUUGGACUCAUUGGAAAUGAUGAAUUGCCAACCAAUUAUUGUUUGUGGAGACUUCAAUGAGGACCUUAUGAGCAGAGGAAAAAACCCCAUCCAAGAACUGUUUCAGUCAAGAGGAUAUGCACAACUUAUUACUGCUGCAACUACCGAAAAACACACAUUGAUUGAUCACCUUUACAUAUCACAGCCAUAUGCCUGCCUCCAAUCAGGUGUUCUGAAUACAUAUCACAGUUAUCACAACCCCAUUUAUUGUGUAAUUCACUAACACAAAAUGACUGCAAGGUUGUGAGGGAUAUGGACUUGCCAAGUGUGGGCUGUGUCGCCCAUUCCUUUCUACCCUGUGUGAAUGAGGAUCUGCUGUCUCAGUGCAGCGUGACAAAGACCCUGCCCAAUGAAAGGAAGAUUGUAGGCCAUUUAAACACUCCCUAUUGGCCUACUGUUGCCUAGAAGUCAUACAGAUGGACCUAAAUAUGGAUAUCAACAUCUACAGCAAGAUGUACAGAACAGCAGCCUCUACAUGGUGCGAAGCCUACUGCAACAAAAACGUGAUCUUAGUGUCUUUGCAACUGAGCACACUCUACCAGCAACACUGACAGCUCACCAGUGGGAGCUGAUAGAUAAGACUGCUCUCAUCCAUUGAAGAGCUGACCAGAAACGUGAACAGAAAGACUGCAACUGCACCUGAUGGGAUCCCUGCCAUAACAGAUGUGUUCUGUCCAGUGAAGGCAGUGGAGAAGCCCUACACUGAUGUUGAAACUGUGCCACUCUUCUAGAAACCGGCUACAAGGAUGGGCAGCUGUUUUCACAAAGUCAGCCAACCUCUUGCUUCCAAAUGACCCUUAUCCAGAAGUAUCUGUGAGUGCCUCAUCAGCAGAAAGUAAAGUGGAGAACUACCUCUCAGAGAAAAACGCACACAUAAGAAAAGCGACCCACUUCAGUACUGGAAAGAACAUCCUAAUCUGUUUCCCUCUAUGGCUGCUGUUGCGAUCCCAGUGUGCCCCCUGUAGCUCUGUGGACAGUUUUUGAUUUGUUUACAUCUCACCCCAACCGGUCGCAGCAGAUGGCUGCCCCUCCCUGAGCCUGGUUCUGCCGGAGGUUUCUUCCUGUCAAAAGGGAGUUUUUCCUUCCCACUGUCGCCAAAGUGCUUGCUCAUAGGGGGUCAUAUGAUUGUUGGGUUUAUCUAUAUACAUUAAUGCUUGUAUGCUUUUCAUUUAUACUUUUGCUUUACUCUUCAGUUCAUAAUAUAAAGUUACUUGAAUGGUUUCUUUUUCCUUUUUUAUUUUAUAUUGCUUUGCUGUUUACCACAACCUAAAUAUCAUGUUCAAAUGUAUUACAUUAUUGUAAAUGGUAUUUGUACAAAAUAUAGUUUGAAUAAGAUAAGAUACCUUUAUUAGUCCCACAAGGGGAAAUUUCAUAAUUUGCAUGUGGUAUUUUCCCCUUUCACAUUAAAAUACCUUUGAAAUACAAAUUGAAUACCGCUUAAUGGCCUUUUUUUUUCUACCAAGA